UGGUACCUUUCUCUCAGCAGCCUGGAGGCCAGUCCCUGAUCACCAUGGAGUUGCCUCUAAGCCAAGCUACCCUCCGGCACACACUGCUGCUCCUGCCAGCCCUCUUGAGUUCAGGUCAAGGGGAGCUGGCACCACAAAUUGAUGGUCAGACCUGGGCUGAGAGAGCACUUCGGGAGAAUGAGCGCCAUGCCUUCACCUGUCGGGUGGCAGGGGGUUCUGCCACUCCCCGGUUAGCCUGGUACCUGGAUGGACAGCUACAGGAGGCCACCACCUCAAGACUGCUGAGUGUGGGCGGGGGAGCCUUCUCUGGAGGUACCAGCACUUUCACUGUCACUGCCCAGCGGUCCCAGCAUGAGCUUAACUGUUCCCUGCAGGACCCAGGGAAUGGCCGGUCAGCCAAUGCCUCUGUGAUCCUCAAUGUUCAAUUUAAACCAGAGAUUGCGCAUGUUGGAGCCAAGUACCAGGAAGCUCAGGGCCCAGGCCUUCUGGUUGUCCUAUUUGCCCUGGUACGGGCCAACCCACCUGCCAAUGUCACCUGGAUUGACCAGGAUGGGCCAGUGACUGUCAAUGCUUCUGACUUCCUGGUGCUGGAUGCUCAGAAUUAUCCCUGGCUCACCAACCACACCGUGCAGCUGCAGCUGCGCAGUUUGGCGCACAACCUCUCAGUGGUGGCCACCAAUGACGUGGGCGUCACCAGUGCCUCACUUCCAGCUCCAGGGCUCCUGGCCACCCGAGUAGAAGUGCCACUGCUGGGCAUCGUUGUGGCUGGAGGGCUUGCCUUGGGCACUCUAGUGGGGUUCAGUACCUUGGUGGCCUGCCUCGUCUGCAGGAAAGAGAAGAAAACCAAAGGUCCCUCUCGGCGUCCAUCCCUGAUAUCUAGUGACUCCAAUAACCUGAAACUGAAUAACGUGCGCUUGCCGCGAGAGAACAUGUCCCUCCCGUCCAACCUUCAGCUCAAUGACCUCACUCCAGAUCUCAGAGGGAAAGCCACAGAGCGGCCAAUGGCUCAGCAUAGCAGCCGUCCAGAGCUACUAGAAGCGGAGGCGGGUGGUCUCCUCACCAGCCGAGGCUUCAUCCGUCUCCCAAUGUUGGGCUACAUCUACCGAGUGUCCAGCGUAAGCAGUGAUGAGAUCUGGCUCUGAGCUUGAGGAUGAGGCGUGAGGUCCAGGUGGCCUAUGGCCUCCCCGGAGUUCCCACCCCAAUGCCUCCUCCAAGCUUUCCUCUGCCUGGCCAUGUGCGACCAUGAAGAAGCCAUGCCACUGCCACCUGGCCCUCCCAGUGGGGGUGCCCUCUGGGUCAUGCAUGUGUAUUCCAUUGCACCCUAAACCUGCAGGGCAUGGGUACCCUUGGCAAGACCAUUGGCCAGAACUAAGCCCCUUGUGCUCACUCCGUUUGGGCCUCUGCAUGUAAUAACCUGGCCCAGGCAGAUGGAAUCUGGCCAGCUGUGUACAGAUGUCACCCAACAUCUAAGAGAUGAGUCUACUAUAUGUCCCACACUAGUACCCUCUGUACCUCAUGCAGUAGACAGAGGGGUGCCUAUGUGGGGGAACAGGAGGAUCCCUGCACAGCUCAGAUGCCCUUCCUAUGCUAUGCAGCUGUUCCCUCAGGGAAAUCUUAGCCCCCUGCUAACUGUAUAGAACCAAACUGCUCUUUGCUCAGGAACCAGCCCCUGCCCAGGGACCUGGCCAAGCACAGAUUUGCCCUAUUGCUGCGUAUCUUUCUGCCCUUUUGUCCCCACCUCCUCUUGGGCAUCACAGGUCAUACACUAGCCUUCUUCACUGGGCAUCAGACGGCCAUUGGCUGGGCCUCCAGAUGCCAGCCUUUGGGGUUAGCACAAAAGGAGCAGAAAGAGGUGACAAGUCUGCUGGCUUCCAGGAUGGCAUGUAGCUAUGCAUUUUUUUUUUUUUUUUGUACAAGUGUUCGCACUUUAAGCACAUUCCCCAGGAAAGAGGAGGGGCCCAGGGCCUUCUUGGGGUCCCUAUGUUUGGCCUUCAGCAACUCACUGUGUUGUUUUGAGCACUCAGGGUGGAUGGACUCCCUCUCUGCAUGUCUCUCGCACCAUGCAGCUGCCCCGCCCUGUUCUUCAGGGGAUGGUCAGCGGGCAUGUAGCUCAGCAGUGCCAGAAGUUUUAUGGGGGACAGAGAAAGGGGCAGUCCACAGAGCUCCAAAGAGCUAAGAAUACUUUCCAAAAAGCAUCAGGAAAAUGAUUGGGGAACAGAGCACAGAGUAUAUUUUCCCUUCUUGGUAUCUUGUUUUGUAAUCUUUCUCACUGGUUAGAACAGGGCUGCACGCCUUUAAUCCCAGCACUUGGGAGGCAGAGGCAGGCAGAUCGCUGUGAGUUUGAGGCCAGCCUGGUCUACAAAGCAAGUCCAGGACAGCCAAGGCUAC